AUGUCACGUACAAUAACUUUCGUAACUGGUAAUGCUGGAAAGUUGGCGGAAGUGAGAGCGAUACUAUCGUCGUUCGCGCUGUCUGAUGUAGAUGUUGAUGAGUAUCAAGGUGAGCCUGACUAUGUCGCGGAGCGAAAAGCCAGGGAGGCUGCCGAGCAAGUGCAAGGACCAAUACUGGUAGAGGACACAAGUCUAUGUUUCAACGCUUUCAAAGGUCUACCAGGUGUCUACAUCAAAUGGUUUCUGAAGAAGCUUGGUCCAGCCGGCUUGUACCAAAUGCUUGGUCGCUGUCCUGGGCAUAUAGUGAGCCCACGUGGACCUCCAGAUUUUGGAUGGGACCCUUGUUUCCAGCCAGAAGGAUAUCUUCAAACUUUUGCUGAGAUGGACAAAGCCACUAAGAACAAAAUUAGUCAUAGAGCAAAAGCGCUGGAAUUGGUAAUAUUUGUUAUCGGUUGUACUGGAACUGGCAAAAGUGAUUUGGGUGUUGCUAUUGCGAAAAAGUACAAUGGAGAAGUGAUAAGUGCUGACUCGAUGCAAAUAUAUAAAGGACUUGACAUUGCCACAAACAAGAUAACAAAAGAAGAGGCAGCAGGAGUUCCUCACUACUUGAUGAGUUUUGUUGAUGCUGCUACAGCUAAGUACAAUGUUCAUCUCAGUUUCCGCAUGGAAGGCCUGCAGAUUAUUGAGGAUAUCAGGUCUCGUGGCUGCAUCCCGGUAGUGGUCGGUGGUACGGCAUAUUAUGUGGAGAGUCUUUUAUUCGAAGAAAAUAUAAUAGAAACUCCAGGUUCUGAUAGCGAGUCUGAUAGUGAUGGGUGUUUCAACAAUUUGUCGAAUGGUGAACUGCAUCAGAUGCUUGUCGAGGUACUUUCACUGGAUGCAGCAAAAGAAGUCUUAGCGGAGCGGCUAGACAGAAGGGUGGAAAAGAUGAAAAGAAUGGGACUGAGAAGAGAGUUGGAGGAGUACUACGAUGAGAAUCGAAACAAGCUCGUCAACAGAGAUCACUAUGGAGUGCUGCAAUGUAUUGGAUUAAAGGAAUUUGUCCCCUAUCUGGAGUUGUCAAAAGAAGAUAGAGCAUCCCCACAAGGCGAAAUCCUCUUCGAAAAAGGGUGCGAAGAUGUUAAACUCCACACGCGGCAGUACGCUCGGAGACAACGUAAUUGGGUGAAUUCGCGAUUCAUCCGACGGCAGGAAGCUAGAGAAUGCUACUAUUUAGGUACCCUCUUUGAAAAAGACUGGACACUUCUGACCAAGAAACAUUUCUUGCUGAUGGCCUGCGUUUAUGUGGAACAAUGGAUGAGCGGUUGCGAUUUCAAAGAAGAAAUUUGGCAACAAUCUUCAGAACUAAAAAAGUUUCAGUUCACCGGUGAAGCUGAAAAUAGUGUGGAUGCCAACAUGACGCGAUUUUGCGAAGUAUGUGAAAUUUUCGUGGCUGGCACAAGAAAUUGGAAUAAUCAUCUUGCGGGGAAAAAACAUAAGAAUGCUCUUCGGGCUGCAAAACGUCGACUGGAGAAUAGUGACAGCUCAGCAGUGUCAACGCAAAUCCUCAAGGAGCAGCAGCUUUCCGAGAGCUCUCAGUCAUGA